GCCAGGCAAAGUGUGAAUACCGCAAGCGUACCAGCGUGUCCACCGUCGUCCCGUGGUGGGCCGGAAGGUGUGGGGUGUGCGUUACGUACGCAGCAGCAGGACGAACAUGUCCUUCGGGUUGUGUGCGGUCACGUCAGGGUGGGUGCAUCGGAGAACCACCGGCCCCAGUACCGCGUCAGACAGCUGAAUGCUGUUGGGCGAAAGUAUGUUGCAUCGUCGGGCAGUGGCAGUGACAUCGCACGCUUUACAAACGAUUCGAUUGUUGUCGGCGGUGGCGGCGGCGGCGGCGGUGGUGGUGGUGGGGCAACCAAAUCAAGCAAGUGGAACAAAACGACGUCGAACCGGCGGUCAGGGACGAAGGGGAGAACCGGGGUUUCGGCGGUAAGGGCGGCAACGGUGAUAUGGAUUGCCGUGUCGCAUCUGAUACACGGCAUCGUUGCGCACUCGCUGGAAGGCGACCUACACAGCAGUAACGCUAGUAACGCCGGAUAUGGUAACGCUUACAGUAACCGAUUCGGAAGAUUACUUCUGAACGGUACGCGACCGUCGACGGCUGGCGGUAUAGCAGCGGCAAGUAGUUUGUCCACAUCCAGUGCCACCACACACACCAUCAGCACCACCGACCGGGGGCUGUUCGAUGGCGGAGUGGAAUUCCGCCCUGCCGAUGGCACCGCUUCCGCUGGCUUUAACGAUUCCAGCGAAAUGCCCCAAAUUCCGGAGUACAUCCGGGCGACGUCGAUGGUGUUCUGUAUCAUUAUCAUGUGUCUCGGCGUCAUCGGCAACAUUAUGGUCCCGAUUGUCAUACUCAAGACGAAGGAUAUGCGCAACUCAACCAACAUCUUCCUCACCAAUCUCAGCAUCGCCGAUCUGCUCGUUCUGCUUGUCUGCACACCAACCGUGCUGGUGGAGGUCAACUCACCGCCAGAGGUUUGGGUACUGGGCGAGGAAAUGUGCAAAGCGGUACCGUUCGUGGAACUAACGGUGGCACAUGCCAGUGUUCUAACGAUUCUGGCAAUAUCCUUCGAGCGUUACUAUGCCAUCUGCGAACCACUGAAGGCAGGAUACGUCUGCACGAAGACCCGCGCCCUGUUAAUCUGCCUCGCGGCCUGGACUGUCGCUGCCAUCCUGACGAGUCCGAUCCUUUUCUUCGCCGAGUACAGCGUGCAGCCGUAUCUGGACGGAAGCCGGGCCGCCAUGUGCCUAACGAAAGCGUCCAACGGUUGGACGUUCACCUUCUUCCUGAUGACGAUCUCGCUGUUCUUCGUGCUGCCGUUGGCCAUUCUGAUCGUGCUGUACGCGAUCAUUGCCCGCAAUCUCAUCGCUAGCGAUCGUUCGCGGCUGAAGAUACGGCUAAGCAAACCGGAACUCAGCCACAAGGCACGGAAACAGGUCGUGCUGAUGUUGGGCGCCGUGGUACUUGCCUUCUUCACCUGUCUGCUGCCGUUUCGCGUGCUAACGCUGUGGAUCAUACUGGUGCCGGAGGAAACGUUCCAGCAACUGGCACCGGAACGUUACUACAAUUUGCUGUACUUUAGCCGCAUCAUGCUCUACCUCAAUUCGGCCGUCAACCCGAUCCUGUACAAUCUGAUGUCGUCCAAGUUUCGCAAAGGAUUUCUGCGACUGUGCAGCUGCACGGAUUGUGGCCCGAGCGGUGGACGCGGUGGUCGGAAGGGUCGAAAUCGGUCGGCCACCUUCACCACCACGACCACGACGACCACCACGACAACGAGCUCCACUUUUGGUGGUAGCGGUCAUCCUUCGGUUGGGAUUGGUGGCUGCGAACUCGACCCAAACACGGACGGGCUCUAUCCAAUGGAUCGGAAGAAUGGGUUGAAAAAGCUUACAUUAUCGCUGGACGAUUUGCGCCUUCAGCUGCCGGCCGGUGAACCAAUGCCACCGCCGUCCGCUUCCUUCUACCGCCUCAAUCUGGUACGGCAGUACUCGAGCCCGUUGCUGGCCUUUUCUUCGCCCACCCCCGUCCGACCUGCGCCUUGUCAUCGGGGUGCAUUUAAGCGCCAGUUUAACGUGACCUUCGACGAACCGACCGCACUGCUAGCGUCGGCCGAAGCCGAACAGCUACUGCUACGCAUCGAACAGCCCGAACCGGACCCAGAUGCACCGGUGCUAUUAUCCCGUCCGCAAGGUUUGCGUAAUCCGCUGCGGAUCAAGCUGCCACGGUUCGGCGCACGGCGGCCGGUAGCGAACGGGGACCGAAGCCGAAGGGUGGCCACGGUGAAGCAACUGUCGCUGGACGAAAGUUUACUGACGGCUGCCAUUGCUGGGCGCAAAGUUUGACAAUUUCACCGCGAUCCAUCGUUCGAUUAGGUGUUUGACUAACGAACCGGAUGUUCGUGUCGGGGGGUUAUUGGGAAGUACGCAAGGAGAAGGGUACGAAGUCGACAUCCCGCGGUGUCGCUUUUGUCGGCCAUUGUCGUACGUCGUGGUCGUCGUCGGUGUUUCUAAUUGAGUUUCGUUGUUCACCAACGGUACAACCCAUCCGAGGCGGGUGGUCUACGCUCUCGAUGUCUCGACGGCGGGUUUGGGCUUUGAAGGUCGAGUCUCCGGACCCGGGGACACGGUACGCCCAAACGGUCACUGACCUUCCCUGGAUUCAGACCGGGCAAUAGGAGACUGGGAGACCAUUCUUCGUUUCAGUCAAGAGCGUCGUAAAAGCAACAACAAUACCCCUGGACAAGGACGACAGCACGAACAAUAAAGGAAAAGUACGGCCGGAAGUGAAAGGCGUUGUGUUCGUCCCUUUUUUUCGGUGGGAAAAACAGCCAAACGACGGCACACACAUAAUCGUCACCCGGUAAUAAGCCGUACCGUUAUCGUUAAGCCAUGUUUUAAGGGAUCUCCACCACACAUGAACCGAUUGCUUCCUUCCCGCCCGCCCCGAAAACAAAAGCCCCUUCAAAUACGAGAGUUGCUCAUACCAAAAAGAAAAAAAGAAAAGGGAAACGAAAGUAGAAAAGACACACAAUCGAAGAAACAAAAAUGUUCACCAAAUGACCGUUGCGUAAAUCGGUCGAUCGCAUUUACUUUACGCAAUUCGCAAGUCCUAGUCCGUGCCACAAAGUGUGCGUUGAGGGGUGCGAAAAAAAAAGAUAUAGAAAGAGGCACGUAUAUGUAGCGAAAUUAAUAGUAUUUCCGGCCGGUGUUUCCAUGUUUUCAUUUUCCCGGCAGAACAUGCGGCUAUGCCGAAAGAUUUCAGUUAUAGCGUUUUAUUUUCAUGUUGCUUUUUUUCUCUCUCUCUUUUGUUUGUUGUUGUUAGUACUGAAUCGAAUUUUAUACAUAACAGGCGUAUCAGCAUGGUUUAUUAUUGUUGAUAAGUGUGUGAAACAUCGCUUUGUUUCAUGAUGAUGUUUUUUGUUUUGUUUUUAGUUGAUGUAGUUUUAAUUAUUAAUAGCAGUAACUGUAAUCAUUACCAAUGUAUAAUAAUGUAUCCAAAAUGGGAUGAAAGAUAUGAAAAUGAUUAUUUAUAAACAAAUAAAAAAAGGUAGCUUAAUGGAAAAUGUGCAUCGACGGCCGGACAAGAAUAAAAAGAUUUAUUUAUUUUUCUUCAAUUGA